UGAGAGAGGGCAGUCCACUGGUCUAACGGUAGAAGAGCAUUAACACCUGAUCUUCUCUGUCGUCUUCCUGUCUAUCUCUUGAUCGUUAAACGCAGCCAAUCAGAACCAGUGAAGAUGACGACCUGUGGCACCGUGACGAAGAGCCUGCUGCUGCUGGCUGUGGUGGUCGCUCUGACCGGACAAGGAUCUGCAGCAGUUGAGAAGUUCUCUGAUUGCUGCACCAAGGUGAGCAGAGAGAAGAUCCCUGAAACCAUCGUGGGCUUCAUUGUGCAAAAGAGAAACAAUCACUGUGUCAAUGCCAUCAUUUUCCAAACGGAGAGUGGUGGUUUGUACUGCUGCAGAUAUAAUGAGCCCUGGGUGAUGAGGAAGGUCAUGCAGCUUAGGGGGCCAAAAAAAGCAGCAUUGGCCUCCACCCGCUCCCUCCUGAAGCUCAUCACCUCCAGCUCCUCUCCUCCACCAUUGGAGUGAACCACCGGAACGUCCUCAACGCAUUAUACCGUCCAAUAGAAAAGCUUCUUACACAGCGUCGGCCAAUGAGCUCCAAGAUGGCAGACCAGACACUUUUGAAGAGGGAAACAAUGAACGGCUCGAUUUUUUUUUCAAAUUAAUUUAGAGUACACCAGGUAUACUAGCAUUUUUGCAGAAGUGCAUAAGGGCCACAUGUCAUUUUUUUUUUAUGACUUCUAAGUCUGAAGUCAGAACUCAAGCAAAAGAAUCACAUGUCGCCCUAAUCCUCUUCUCUACAUUGUCAACCCGUUAUAGGUUAUUUAUUCAAUUAUAAUAAUAUAGCACAACAUUUAAACGUAUUUUCAAAAGAGAGUCCUAUUUAUAAAUUGUAUUUAUCAAUGUUAGCGCAUUAUGUUACAAUGUUGAAUCGUUGUUUAUCUAUAAGUUCACGGGAUUUGAUGAAGGUUCUAGCUAUUUAUUAAUUUAUACGUUUUAGCAUUUUAAUGUUCAAAAGUAUUUUGUUUGUUUGAAUAUAAAUAAAAGAUGUCUUAUUCUAUAACCUGA